CUAGUCAAACAAGAAAACCCGAGUUGAUGUCCCUAAUUCUAGCUCAUCUGGGUGACCCUGAGGAGGAGGCUGACCACCUCAUGGAAAGCCCUACCUCUUUGGGUUCUGCAAACCCCGCAAUCGCCCUAGAGAUAGAGAGGGUGAAAAUGCAGGCACUCCAGAUGAAGCUAGAAUAUGAAAAAGAAGCAAGAGCACUUGAACACGAACGAAAUGAAGAAAGUAAAGCACGUGAACGUGAACAUCAACUCAGCGUGCUUCAGCUGCAGUCCUCAGACGGGGGGACUCGAACCCCUAAUAGGUUGCAGAUAACCAAAUUUCUUCCUCUUAUGCCUCAAUUCUCGGAUUACGAUCCAGAAGCAUUCUUUCGGGAAUUCGAAUCCUCUGCCAUUCACUUCGAUCUACCUAAGGAGGACUGGACAUGGCUAGUCAAGCCCAAACUCAACGGUAAGGCCUUGGCAGUCCUAGACAAUAUCGAAGACAACUCAGAUUACGAGGUAGUAAAAAGCGCUAUUUUAGCAGCUUAUGCAGUCACCACAGAGAGAUAUCGACAAACCUUCCGCAACAUGAACAAGACAUCUGGUCAAACAUACUUGGAGUUUGCAUCAGAGAAACUCCGAGCUUUGAGACACUGGCUUAAGUCGGCAGCUGUAACCACAUAUGACGAUCUGGUAAACCUUGUAGCUCUAGAGGAAUUCAAAAGGAAGAUACCAUACUCAAUCAUGUUGCACAUCACUGAUAAGGAUGAGACUGAACUCUUAAAAGCCGCCAAAUUGGCGGAUGUCUGUUCACUAAUACAUCGCUCUAUGCCCUCAGGAGACAAGAAACUUCAGCCUGUGGGUAAGUCAGGUGCAAGCUAUAGCAAGGAUGUAAAACCCGCAGAGAGUAGUGGUAGUGCCAAGUCUUUUCUCUCUUGCAGUUUUUGUAAAAAGGUGGGCCAUCUCAUAAAGAAUUGUCCUGAUCCUAGGUGUAAAGUAGCAAAGACCUCUACAUUCUCUAAACCAGUCGCCUCUCUCAACACUCCUUCAGUUCUUCCUCCCACUGACCCUUUUCAACCCUUCAGGUCUCAAGGUACUGUGGCUCUCAACACGGACUCUGAAGGGCACCCUCUCCAGAUUAUGCGGGAUACUGCCUCUGCCCAAUCUAUCAUUUUAAAAUCCGCUCUUCCAGGGAUUGAGCAGCAGUACACGGGGGAGAAGCUGACAUGGAAAAGGAGCAGCCUAACAUUUUUCCUGAAUGUGCAGUCACUCGAGCACAGUCUGUUGCCGCUGCUCCAGAGCCACCUCAGCCCUUACCAACCACCCUCCAUCCUACGCCUCACGUUGGGGUUGGUAAGGUAUUCACUGACCACUUACUUGCUGAGGCUCAAAAGACGAUACCACCCUGUCUCGAUUUCAUACCCAAGCUAUACCUAAAGACCAGAUCACUUCCUCACCUUCUUUCUAUUACCAGGAUAAAAUUCUUAUGAGAUUGUAUAAACCACCUCAACUUUUAGAUGAUGCCACUUGGGCUGAGCUCCAUCAAGUAGUCCUACCCGUCACCUUAAGAGAGCCAGUGAUGGAGAUCGCUCAUGGGAACCUAGCCGGCCAUCAUGGGAUCAGGAAAACUUGUGAGAAGCUACUUAAUGAGUUUUAUUGGCCCGGUCUUAGGAAGGAUGUUGCCUCAUUUGUUAAUUCUUGCCACACUUGCCAGGUAAUGGGGAAACCCAACCAGA